GUAUAUACUAUGCUUCUUUUUGUGUAGAAAGGGAGGGAGAGGGAGAACGUAUAUUUAUGUUGCUUAUUUACCCAAAGAAACUCCAGAGGGCUGCACAAGAAUCUAAUGAGUGGUUGGGGGAGUGGUGGGAACUGAAUGGAUAGGAAACAGGGUUGGGAGUGAACCUGUCCAUUAUAUAUCUCUAUCUUUUACUUUUGAAUCUUAUGAUUAUAUUUUUAAAAACUAAAUUAAUAAUGGUUUCUUGAAUUGUUUCAGCUGCUCCAAGGACAUUGUUUUCUUUUUCUUGAUCUUUCUCUUCUGUGUUAAAGAUUUUCGUCAAAUGGCUGUCUCCUGAUUCUGUUCGUAUUUAAGAAUGACCUAGUAGAAGGGCUAACUGGGAGUUCUGUGUACCUCGGUAGAGUACACAGCCUACAACUGGUAGGCUUUAUUUUGGGAUAACUAGGUAGGAAGCUGGCUGUUACACUUGGACGGCCCAAAUGCCAGAGGGCAGAGGCCUUUGCUUUGGGGCACCCUUAUUCUUCCCAGUUUGUUGAAUUUGGUAUUCUGCAGGCAGGGAUUUCUUUCUUUCAGGGGGAGAGUUCAUCAACUGUAUCAUAAUUCAGACCUUCAGUUAAUCCCUGUUUUCAGCUUUUUUCUCACUCUGGCUCUUUUUGGGAUCAGUCUUUGCAUGUGGAGUCCCUCUGGAGUUUUGCCCCGCAAGUCUGCUCCCUCCUAGGUUGGAACCCUUUCUAUUAUAUACUUUAGAUUGGAGCAUCCUUUGAUUUAUGUUUUCAGUCAGUUCUUUCCUGUCUUCUCUCUGUCAGAAAUUGUUGAAAUCUUGUAUUUGCUAUGCCAUUUUCCAUUCAUGUCCUUGACUUGUGAUGUAUACGUUUAUGUUCUUUUCCUAUCGCUUUUCCAGGGUCUUGAAAAAUACAAGAGAGAGAGGGAUUCACUUCACCUUCUUGAACCAGAAGUCAACAGUAGUAUGUCUUAAACUUUGAUAAACUGUAGGCUCCUUGAGGACAAGAACUGACUUUUCUUUUAUCCCCAGACGCUGACACAGUACUUGGCACUUGGUUGCUAUGGAAACAUAUGACCGCGUAAAAGGAAGUCCAUUCUGAUAAUUCUGAUACCUGAGAUGUAACUGGACUGAAGAGUGGAAAAGGAAAAAUUUUAGUGCCAACCUUAAUUACAAUGGCUACUGAUUCAGGAGAGCCAGCUAGCACAGAAGAUUCUGAGAAACCUGAUGGAGUUUCAUUGGAAAACAGAGUUCCUCAGGCUCCAGCGACUUUGACAGUAGAAGCAAGACUAAAGGAAAAAAACAGUACCUUGUCUGCUUCUGGGGAAACCAUAGAAAGGAAGAGAUUCUUCCGAAAGAGUGUUGAGAUGACAGAAGAUGACAAAGUUGCUGAAUCUUCCUCCAAAGAUGAGAGAAUAAAGACUGCAACAGAUAUUCCAAGAGUAGAAAAGCUUCCUACAAAUGUGCUAAGAGGAGGACAAGAAGUUAAAUAUGAACAAUGUUCAAAGGCAACUUCGGAAUCCUCAAAAGAUUGUUUCAAGGAGAAAAAUGAAAAGGAAAUGGAAGAAGAAGCAGAAAUGAAGGCUGUAGCUACUUCUCCUAGUGGCAGGUUCCUGAAAUUUGACAUAGAGCUGGGAAGAGGAGCAUUUAAAACAGUGUAUAAAGGACUGGACACUGAAACAUGGGUUGAGGUUGCUUGGUGUGAACUGCAGGACCGGAAAUUAACCAAAGCUGAGCAGCAAAGGUUCAAGGAAGAAGCAGAGAUGUUAAAGGGUCUCCAACAUCCCAAUAUAGUUCGAUUUUAUGAUUCCUGGGAGUCUAUAUUAAAAGGAAAGAAAUGUAUUGUAUUAGUGACUGAACUUAUGACAUCAGGAACCUUAAAGACGUACUUAAAACGAUUUAAAGUCAUGAAACCAAAGGUCUUAAGGAGCUGGUGCAGGCAAAUUUUAAAGGGAUUGCAGUUCUUGCACACUAGGACUCCUCCUAUUAUUCACCGGGAUCUGAAGUGUGACAAUAUUUUCAUCACGGGACCCACUGGAUCUGUGAAGAUUGGUGAUCUAGGACUAGCCACCUUAAUGCGCACAUCAUUUGCUAAGAGUGUCAUUGGGACUCCUGAGUUUAUGGCCCCAGAGAUGUAUGAAGAACACUAUGAUGAAUCUGUGGAUGUCUAUGCUUUUGGAAUGUGUAUGUUGGAAAUGGCUACUUCGGAGUACCCUUAUUCUGAGUGUCAGAACGCAGCUCAAAUAUACCGUAAAGUAACUAGUGGCAUAAAACCAGCCAGUUUCAAUAAAGUCACCGAUCCUGAAGUGAAAGAAAUCAUUGAAGGAUGUAUUCGUCAAAACAAAUCUGAAAGGUUGUCUAUCAGGGACCUACUAAACCACGCAUUUUUUGCUGAGGAUACAGGACUGAGGGUGGAGUUAGCAGAGGAAGACGAUUGUUCAAAUUCCUCCCUGGCUUUAAGACUGUGGGUUGAAGACCCUAAAAAACUGAAAGGAAAACAUAAAGACAAUGAAGCUAUUGAAUUCAGUUUCAAUUUAGAAACUGAUACACCUGAGGAAGUAGCAUAUGAAAUGGUCAAGUCAGGAUUCUUCCAUGAAAGUGAUUCCAAAGCUGUGGCUAAGUCCAUUAGAGAUAGGGUGACCCUGAUAAAGAAGACCAGGGAGAAGAAACCACCUGGCUGUUUCGAAGAACGCAGGGAUUCCCAGUGCAAAUCUGUAGGGAAUAUACUCCCUCAGCACCAGAAUACAACUUUGCCUCCUGCUCCUGCUCAGCACACCGGGGCUGAAUGUGAAGAAACUGAGGUUGAUCAACAUGUUCGACAACAGCUUCUACGAGGAAAACCACAGCAGCACUCCUCUUCUGUUACAGGUGACAGUUUGUCCGAGGCAGGAGCUGGAUCAGUUAAACACUCAGAUACUUCAAGUCAGCCCAAUAUAGCCUAUUCCUCAGACCAGAUGAUGGGCUCUCAAAUGGUUUCUAACAUCCCACAGGCUGAAAUAAAUGUUCCAGGGAAAAUUUAUCCAUCCCAGCAGCUAGUAGGACAUUACCAGCAGAUUUCAGGGUUGCAGAAGCAGCCCAAGCUGACUCAGCCCCCAAUUUUGCCUUUGGUUCAAGGUCAGUCCACUGUUUUGCCUGUACAUGUCCUUGGACCUCCAGUUGUCUCUCAACCCCAGGUUUCCCCAUUAACUGUCCAGAAGGUGUCACAGGUAAAGCCUGUAUCCCAACCAGUUGGAGCUGAACAACAAGCAACUCUUCUAAAGCCAGAUUUAGUUCGAAGUUUGAAUCAUGAUGUGGCAGCUGUGAAGGAAAACACCAAUACCCCUGAUAACCCAAGUGGAAAUGGCAAACAAGAUCGGAUCAAACAGAGAAGAGCUUCCUGUCCUCGACCAGAGAAAGGGACUAAAUUCCAGCUCACUGUCCUUCAGGUGUCAACCUCUGGAGAUAACAUGGUAGAGUGUCAACUGGAGACACACAAUAAUAAGAUGGUCACCUUCAAGUUUGAUGUUGAUGGUGAUGCUCCAGAGGAUAUUGCAGACUAUAUGGUCGAAGAUAACUUUGUGCUGGAAAGUGAGAAAGAAAAAUUUGUAGAAGAAUUGAGAGCUAUUGUAGGUCAAGCCCAGGAGAUCCUUCAUGUCCACUCUGCUGCAGAAAGAGCCAUUGGAGUUGACUCUGUUACCGUGGAACCCAACAGUAGCCAAACAGGAUCAUCUGAACAAGUACAGAUAAAUUCUGCACCCACCCACACCAGCAAUGAAUCUGCUCCUCAGUCAUCCCCAGUUGGUCGGUGGCGAUUCUGUAUCAAUCAAACGAUAAGAAACCGUGAGGCUCAGUCUCCUCCUUCUUUUCAGCCGUCCAUGUCUGCAGUUCCUGGACUACAGCCACAUUUUAGUCCAAGAAACACCAGUAAUAAGGAAAUAUCACAGGACACACUGCUCACUCUAGAAAAUAAUCCAUGCCAGCGUGUACUUUUCACCUCCAAAUCAGAACACAAGGAUGUAGUUGAUGGUAAGAUUUCUGAAUAUGCCAGUGUGGAAACUAAGCAGCCAGCUAUAUUUUAUCAAGUGGAAGAUGACAGGCAGAUAAUGGCACCAGUUGCUACUAGUUCCAGUUAUACUGCUACUUCAGUUCAUGCAGUCCCAGUUGAAUGUGAGGGACUCACCAACCAAGCAAGCAUGUUCCUACCUGUGUAUCCAUGUCACCAAGCUGCCAAUCAGGCUGAUGUACUUAUGGCCCAUCCUGGUGAGUCAACUCAGAUUGCUGGUAACUCUCUUACAACUCCGGCAUGUAUGUCUGAUCAAAAGCCUCAAUCCUUAGUGCAGCAGCCGACUAUGGAUACAGAGUUUAUUUCCCAAGAAGGAGAAACCACAGUGAACACUGAAGCAAGUUCUUCUAAGAUGGUCAUUCCCACUCAGACUCCCAGCCUUGAACCGACUACCCUUCUACCCACUACUGUCCUGGAAUCAGAUGGGGAAAGACCUCCAAAAAUGGAGUUUGCAGACAACCGAAUUAAAACUCUGGAUGAAAAAUUAAGAAACUUGCUCUAUCAGGAGCAUAGUAUAUCUAGCAUCUAUCCUGAGAGUCAGAAGGAUACUCAAAGCAUAGACUCUCCAUUUUCUUCCUCUGCUGAAGAUACACUCUCAUGUCCAGUGCCAGAAGUCGUAGCCAUCAGUCACUGUGGAAUUCAAGAUAGUCCUGCACAGUCCCCUAAUUUUCAGCAGACAGGCUCUAAGAUUCUGUCCAAUGUGGCUGCAAGUCAGCCUACUAACAUAUCAGUGUUCAAAAGGGACCUGAAUGUGAUAACUUCUGUACCCAGCGAAUUAUGUUUACAUGAGAUGUCCCCAGAUGCUUCACUUCCAGGGGAUCCAGAGGCCUAUCCUGCUGCUGUGUCAGGCGGUGGAGCCAUUCAUCUGCAGACAGGAGGUGGAUAUUUUGGCCUAAGCUUUACUUGUCCUAGUCUCAAAAAUCCUAUUAGCAAGAAAUCCUGGACUCGCAAAUUAAAAAGCUGGGCAUACAGGCUACGGCAGUCAACCAGCUUUUUCAAGAGAUCAAAAGUCCGUCAAGUGGAAACAGAAGAUAGGAGAUCAGCAGUUGCUCCUGAUCCCAUUCCUCUGACAGGAGAGUCCACAGCUGAUACCAGGGCUUUGAGUAGAUGUAAAGCCAUGAGUGGAUCAUUUCAGCGGGGUCGGUUCCAGGUGAUUACAGUUCCUCAGCAGCAGUCAGUGAAAGUGACAUCUUUUGGAGUGGAACACAUACCAGCGUUCAGUGAAAUGACAAGCCAUUCUAGUGAAGAAGCCUUUACUGAAACAGCAAAGUCUCAUUUGGUAGAAAUGGAACCUGCCACACAUAAUCCACAAACUUCAUUUUCUUCUCAGAAGUUACAAUUUCUUCACGAAACCUUUAAAGAAGACAAAAGAAUUCCCAAACAAGGUGACAAAUUCUCAUCUUUCAGCACAGCUUGUGAGACUGAUGUUUCUUCCAUGACCCCAGAAAAAGAAUUGGAAGAAAAUUCAGCCACAGGAAGUAGCAUGCAGUCUGGAUCUGAACUGUUGGUUAAAGAGAUAGAGAUACUUACAGUUGGGAAACAGCCUGGUUCUGAUAGUGAAUUUUCAGCCGCUCUUUCUGGGAAAGGGAAGUCAGUGGCAAAGACUGGUCCAGAGAGUGAUCAGUGCUUACCACUUGGUGAAGAAAAAGCCUAUGCUCAAGCACAGAGCUCACUCUUCUAUUCGCCAUCUUCCCCAAUGAGCAGUGAUGAUGAGUCAGAAAUAGAGGAUGAGGACUUGAAAGUGGAGCUUCAAAGAUUGCGAGAAAAACACAUUCAAGAGGUGGUAAAUCUUCAAACCCAGCAGAAUAAGGAGCUGCAGGAGCUCUAUGAACGCCUUCGGGCAAUUAAAGAUAGCAAAGUCCAAUCAUCAGAGAUUCCUCUGCCACCUGCAUCACCACGUAGACCAAGAUCUUUCAAAAGCAAACUUCGCAGUCGCCCCCAGUCCUUGACACAAGUGGACAAUGGUGCAGUUGCUACAGAUCCACUCUGUGUGGAGAGUAAUGCAGCAUCAUGCCAGCAAUCUCCAGCUAGUAAAAAGGGGAUGUUCACAGAUGACUUACACAAACUGGUGGAUGACUGGACAAAGGAAACAGUGGGAAAUUCUCUUAUUAAGCCAAGUUUAAAUCAACUUAAACAGAGUCAACACAAAGUAGAGACAGACAACUGGAACAAAGUACAUGAAAAUACUCCAUCUACUAUGGGCUACACAUCAACAUGGAUUUCUUCUCUGUCCCAAAUCCGUGGAGCUGCCCCAACCUCCUUGCCACAAGGACUCUCACUCCCUUCAUUUCCUAGGCCAUUAUCCUCAUAUGGAAUGCCCCAUGUUUGUCAGUAUAAUGCUGUCGGGGGGCCAGGGUAUCCAGUACAGUGGGUAGGAAUUUCAGGAACACCACAACAGUCUGUAGUAAUUCCUACUCAAUCUGGGGCACCGUUCCAGCCGGGGAUGAAUUUGCAGGCGUUUCCAGCUUCAUCAGUGCAGAAUCCAUCCACGAUCCCUCCUGGUCCCAAAUGAAUCAGAGUAGAUGAUGAAGAAAAGGGAGAUUUUUUCAGAAUUAUUUUCAGGACACCUAAGAUAUUAAACUUUCUUCUUAGGUUCUGCCAUAUUUUCCCUUGUUUGAGUUUACUUUUUACUGUAUUUUUUUUGUUCCAAUGUGGUAUUUGAUAUAGCUCAUCAUUCUGUAGAACUUUGCAGUUUGUACAUAGAACACUGCACGUAGAAAUGUUUUUUCACUUCAAAACCUAUCCUCUUUGAUACUUGAUUUUUUAAAAAUACCGUUCAGAAUGCUUUAAUAAGCUCAGCUCGAGCAUUACCAUUUCCAGGACACUUUCCAUGCACUGCCGAGAUGCCCCCAGUUUUUACUUCUGCUAUCUGCAGCUGGAUGAUACUUUUCUUUAAAAUGUAUAAAAACUAUUUAAAUUGAUACUCCCCAAACGUGGAUGAAGAGAGACCCUCCAACAGCCGGAGUCUUAUGGGAUUCUUCACAUGUUUAUCUUAGGUUUACCUUUCACAGAAGGCAGGGUAACUUGCUGCAGGAAAUGUUUUGGUGUAUAAAAUUAGAAUAACUUUGUCAACCAUUAUAGAACAUGAGCCCUUUUUAAUGUGAUUUUCUUCCCGUCUUCACAGCAGUAGGAGUGAAGCCUUGUUUUAGGUGAGGCGGAGAGAAAGGUAAAAAACAGAACUGUAACAGUUCCUUGAUUCUGCAGAUACUGUAGCUGCUUUAGGAUUUCAAUAGUAAUUCAAAGCAGUUAGCUCCUUGUUUCUCAUGUGCACAUUACAUUGUUUUUGAGCAUCUGAGAGGCAUUGGUUGGCUUGCAUUCUUUUGCAAGGGAUAUAUUGCAGCUGAUAUGAAUCUCAUUUUGGGGGGAAUCUUUGUAUUCCUAAGAAAGACAAUUCAAGUUUCACCUGUAUUGAUCCAUUCUUCUGAAAUGAAAUUUACUUGACACAGUAGGUUUUGUAGGUUUUGAGACUUACACAUGAAACACUGGCUUUACAGGGUUCUAAGAGAUGUGGGGUAUACAUUGUCGUGCAGUGAGAUAGCAGACCCUUGAAGGAUACUAUUUAAGUUGCCCUUAGCUUUUUUGGAUUACCAUUUUUUUAGUUGUUAUAAGUUCUUGUUAGUAUCUAUAGCAUUUUAGAUGAUUUUAGAUCUUAGAUGAUUUUGGCAGCCUCUUUAGAAUCUGAGAGAGAUCACUGUCAAGUUGCACUUUACUGGGUUUUAUCCAGUUUUAGGAGGAGGGGAGGCAAUGUCAAAAUAGACACUUAUAGUUUUCAAGAAGGUUAACUGUAAUAAUGUUAAAAGGCUGGUCACAGAGUUACCUAAUGCUCAGUCUGUGAAACCCAAUAGAAUUCUUAAAUGGUAUUUAUCAACUACCACAUAUACAUGUUUAAAAUGAUUACUUUCCACUCCGAAGAUUUCAAGGUCAUUUCUAGUACACGUUUACCUAAUAACAAGUUCCGUCUACUGGUAAACAUUCCAAAUUAUCACCUAAUACUUCUGUUAACAGAUCUUCCUCUAUAUUCCUCUAAAAAUUUUACCCCGUGAGCUUGCCAGGUAAUGAGGAAAACUUAAUGGAUAUACUUUUUUUUUUUUCGCACAGUCUACUUUGUGACAUUCAGUACCCUUUUUCAAAAAAUGUGUCUUAUAUUACUUACCCGAGGAUCACACUUGCCAUCAUGAAGAUUCUGUCGCCAUCAUUUGGGGCAUCUAGGGCAGCAUUUUGAGAACUGCUGUUGAUAGGAGCCACAGUUUCUUUUCAUAAAACAUACUCUUGUUUGGAUGAGUCUUUCUAAAUCUUAUGUACAGAUUCUUGAAAUUUCUUCUACAGUUUUGGUUUUCAAGUUGAAGUGAGUUUUGGACAUUAGUGUAAUGCAAAUGCUUGCAUUGCAGUGUUUUCCACGUGUACAAAAACAAUGCACCUAAAAUCUGAAAUUCUUUAAAACUGCUCGUGUUUCAUUAUAAGAGUUGGCUUUGUGUAAUUACAUUGAGACUUACAACCUAUAAAGUGAAAAUACUGCAGGUUUUAAGAUCUCUUCUUCUGUAGUCGCAGUCCUUUUAAAGUGUACCCCAGGAUGAAAAAAGCUCCAUGGAUGACAUGCACAAUUACAUUUAUUAAUGGCUGCUCUACAUCAUAUGUCCCACAUUUUGCCACCACCUCUGUUUUAUAUAUAUAAUUCAUCAUUUGUUCGCCUGCAGACUUUUGCAGUGCCUUGUAAUGUUUAGAAUCUUUUCAGAUUUUUUGCUGGAAAGAAAAGUAGUCUUCUAAAGUUUGAAGAUGGUGAAUAGUGUACAGCUGUCUCCAUGCUGACUGCAGUAGCUGGGUUAACAUAUGUUAUGUAUACAUUAUGUAUAUGUAACGUAAAUUUAAAAAUACAGAAAAAAGUGAGUUUGUGCAGAAAUGAAGAAAACAGUGUUCUUCACACCACUGUGGAUUUUUAUUCUUUCCCAUUACUUAAAUGUUUGAUUCAGAUUAUAGUCACUUUGACUGUAAAUAUUGGCUAGUUUUCUACCUGGGGGUUUUGCAUUAUUUUAUAAUUUUGCUAAAUCAUAUAAUAGUGCUGUUUUCAUCCUUGCUGAGGUACUUUUCCUCCCCAGAAGUAAUUAGUUCUUGAGGCAAAGCUCAGAAAUUCCCUUCUUACUUAACAAAGAGCCUACUACCCAUGUCCAAACAAGACACAACCCUGUCCUUUUCAUUUUCCUUCUUGUAGAAGAGAAAAAAGUUGUACUAAACCAUCCUGCUUGUAAAAUUUAUUUGAGGGGUAGUCUGUAUGUCCAACCACCAUGUUUACUUCUCAAAGUCCAAGUCUGAUGAAUAGUACUGUAUCUCCAUAUGUGGCAAUGUGAGCAUUUCAUCAUGAAGUACCUGCUGCUAUGUUUGUGAAGUUGGCUGUAACAUCAUAAGAAUAUGAAACCAGUAUUGGUGUAAACCUAAUGAAAAUAACCCUAUGUAUAUUUGUAGCAGUCUUGAAUCUCUAUUUAAGGUAAUUUGCUGUAAUAUAACAAAUGCCCAUUCUGUUUUUCAUCCUUUUCUUGCCAAUUUUAUAUCAAGCAUGAAUUCUAAUGGUUUGACAGCAAAAUUAUCUGUGAAAGUUUAAAAAGCACUUUUCUGCUGCGAUUUUUGGAUUGAGUGUGGAGUGUUAUGUACAGUAUGAUGGGAUGUAUCAUUUUAGAACCCUAGAUUUAAUUCCAGUCCAAUUACUUUUGUUUAUCUACCUCGUUUUCAGUGCUGUUUUGGGGUGCACAAGUAAACACUGCCUGUGAAACUUGCUUUUUUGCCUUGAUUCUCAGUAUUCUUUCAGGUUAUAAAUCUGGCCUGCCUCCUUGUCCCAGUGCUAUGAUUUGGGAUGAGGGGUACUAUCACUCUGCCACCAAUCUGUGUUUAAAUGACGAGAGCCAUGUGCCUCUACAAAAUAAGCUUUGGGGAUCUGGGAAUAGACAACAGAGAAUAAAUCCAGCUGGUGGCAAUAGAGGACUUAGUUGUAAAAUAAACAAAUGGUAAGAAAGUAUCUAAAUUAGACAGUCCAGUGCCUGUAACUUUGCAUCUUUUAUUAGAGAUGCAUUUCUUGUCUGUGCCUAAAGGGCUAUGGUUGAAAUUGCUUUAACUACCACAGUGAAAUAUUUGACAAAUCCUACAGCAGUGGCCUGUCAUUCAGCAUAUUAGCAUACUGCUAGGUAUUUGCAGUGAUAUUUUGUUACCUUAAAAUGGCUGUAUGCUUUUAGUUGAAUUGUAGUUGGUGGUAACCGUUUAUCCAAUCUCUAAAGUUUAUUGGAGGCAUUGACUUCUUUGCUCUCUUUUCUGAGUGAUGAAAAUGAUGCAUUCCUUUUUUUCCCCAGAAAACUCAGCAAAUGUUUGUAAACCACAUGUUCCUUGUUUCACAUGUUUACUGUGUAACACUACAGCAUAUUUAAUGUUAGUAAAUACCGUAUUUCAGACAUCAUGCACAAGUACAUUCCUGAGGUAUAUUUGCCAUCAGUUUGGGAUUCAGUUAUUUAAUCUUCUCUUUGGUUUAGAAAAACUUGAGAUAUUUGAGGUGGGUAUGCAGUCCAUUUUCUAGACUAGAUUGUUCAUUUUUCAUUCUUUAGUUUAUGGGGACUUGUUUUUCCCCCCUUUGUUUAGAAGAUGAACCAGAAAGGGGGCUGGAGUGUGGUGUGGAAAAGGCCAUUGAUUUGGUAAAUGUAAUUUCUGGGACUGAAUUUUUUUUAAAAAGAAAAAAACAAUCCAGACUGUAAAAUGGUGACCACUCAAACUUGGUGAAACCCUUUGAAGUGAAAUUAGUAUGAAAUUUUUAGGGAGCCAAAUGCUUUCAGGUCACCCUGGAAAUAGUCUUUGUAUGCAAAGGAUGAACACAAACAUUGGUCAGGGUCCUUGACAGCCAACAUAGACAGUGGCCUGGGAUAGUAGCUAGGUUACAUUGAAGUUAUUUUCAGCUGAGAUAGCUGGAAGAAUGUACAAACCAACAGCUCCCAUUCUGGCAGGUUUUCUUUUAAUUCAAAAAAAACAACUCAAACAAAAAGGCUAAAAGUCAAGCAAGAGGGGAAGUGAGAAACUGAGUUCUAGAGAAAAAAUGUGCCAGUGUAAAAUAAACUCAUAAAUGUGUGCUUGUCAUCCUUCCAGUUUUUUUUUUUUUUAGUUGCAUUUCUUUUCUACUAUAACUUAAGAUUUCAGAUUGAGGUUUGUGGUUCAGAACAGACCCUCAGCAGAAAUAGUGACUGAUCGGAAAGUGCAGUUAGUUGUUCAAGGUCUGUCAUGCUCAAUCACCUAAAGCUGUAAUUUGUUUGAUAUGAAUAUUAAGCAUGUAGACCUAGUGCAGCAUGGGAACCACUCAGGAAGUUUAUGCAAAUAAUAAACUUUCAUGCAUAAUUUACUAUGAAGUAUGCAGAAUUUCAGCCACUUCUCUACACUUAACAUUUAGUUGUAUAUGUGAAAUCUCCUUUCUUAAUUGGGGAAUGUAGCAUUAUAUAGAAUGUUCUUAAUUUUAAUCUUUCUUGACAUUAACUUUUUAUUUUUAUUAUUUUUUUUGGUAAACCAAGUGCUCUGUCUUUAAGCAGUUGUCUGAUUUUGGUUCUUUGAAACUGUGAUUUUUAUUUCCUUUGUACCCAACCAUUAUAAGUAUUUUGUUUCCUGGAAAUUUUGUUUUGAAACAGAAAAUAAAGGCUGUGUUAAAAUGAGUAUGCUAUCUUA